AUGACUCACUCCUCGGAAGUGAGCUCGUUGUUCUUCGUUGGUUUUGCUGCCUGGCUGCGGUGCGGAAGGUCUCGCGGACCAAAACAACUCUUUCUCUCCUCCUCUCCUUCCUCCUUCCUCCUCGCGGACCAUGGACGGGAAUCAGAGUUCAUUUCCUCAUUCAGCUGCUCUGAGAACAUGAGCACCUCCAGUCUGUCCACAGUGGAUGGCACCGAUAGGCUGUGUGUUUUUGAGCGUGCUCAGUCCGUCCCGUCUCCGGUCCUCCAGCUGUGUCAGCUUCCUGCUGACAUCUCUGAACAGGAAGUGAUCGCUCUGGCGCUUCCCUUCGGCAGAGUUAGUAAGGUGUUAUCACUGAAGGCCAAAAACCAGGCGUUUUUAGAAAUGGCGUCGGAGGAGGCGGCCGUUACCAUGGUGAACUACUACACCUCGGCCCCGCCCACCAUCAGGAACCAGCCAAUCUUCAUCCAGUACUCCACCCACCGCGAGCUCAAGACCGACAAUCUGACCAAUCAGAGAGCAGCUCUGCAGGCCGUGCAGUGCUCAGCAGUGCAUUCUGGGAACAUGGCGUCAGGGGGAGAGGGGCGGGGCUUAGCUCACGGUCAGAGUCCCGUCCUGAGAAUCAUCGUAGAGAAUUUAUUCUACCCGGUGACUCUGGAGGUCCUGCAGCAGGUCACUGAUCAGUCUAUCCAUUAUUAUAUCGUUGUUAUUAUCGUUGUUAUUAUUAUUAUUACUAUUAUCCAUCCAUCUUCCUCCUCUUAUCCGAGGUUAAUAACACACGUCGUUUCCUUUAGAAGACAUUUAAAAAUCCUCAGAAAUCUGUUUACGUAUAUAUUUAUUUAUAUACUUAUAUUUCCUCGUAUACGGACGAGAGGCCAGAACAAAGAGAUAAAUAUCUGUUUUCUAAACAGUCGUGACGUCGACAUAUUUAAACUUUCCGUCUUCGUCUGCAGGUCGUCGGUCAGCGAGGAGGUGCUAAAGGAUCUGUUCUCCUCCGGAGGGUUCACAGUCAAAGCCUUCAAGUUCUUCCAGAAGGACAGGAAGAUGGCUCUGAUGCAGCUGGCGUCUGUGGAGGAAGCCAUCGAGGCUCUGAUCGCUCUGCACGACCACCAGCUGGACCACAACCAGCACCUCCGAGUCUCCUUCUCCAAGUCCACCAUCUGACCACGAAGUCUCCUUCUCCAAGUCCACCAUCUGACCACGAAGUCUCCUUCUCCAAGUCCACCAUUUGACCACCGAGUCUCCUUCUCUAAGUCCCCCAUCUGACCUCCGAGUCUCCUUCUCCAAGUCCACCAUCUGACCUCCGAGUCUCCUUCUCCAAGUCCCCCAUCUGACCUCCGAGUCUCCUUCUCCAAGUCCCCCAUCUGACCUCCGAGUCUCCUUCUCCAAGUCCCCCAUCUGACCACGAAGUCUCCUUCUCCAAGUCCACCAUUUGACCACCGAGUCUCCUUCUCCAAGUCCCCCAUCUGACCUCCGAGUCUCCUUCUCCAAGUCCACCAUCUGACCACGAAGUCUCCUUCUCCAAGUCCACCAUUUGACCACCGAGUCUCCUUCUCUAAGUCCCCCAUCUGACCACCGAGUCUCCUUCUCCAAGUCCACCAUUUGACCACCGAGUCUCCUUCUCCAAGUCCCCCAUCUGACCUCCGAGUCUCCUCCUACUGUUGACUGCUUCAGGGCUUCUGAUUGGCCCACGGUGGGAACAAAUGGACCAAUGAGAGAGCUUUCUGUGCCUACAAACACUCUGACAUCACAGUGACGGAUGAUAUCAAAACACACAGGGGGGUCGCCACGGUUACAGAGGUUACACAGCACAUUCCUGAGCAGACUGAGCUACCAGUAGCAAUGCAUUGUGGGUAACGGAGUCCAACAUGAGCCGCUAAUGUGAGCUGAACUGUUUUUCGUCUGAAUGUUAAAUUAAUGUGUUAAUGAGUUUAAAAAAAGAGAUAUUAUGGAAAUAUAUCAUCUUUUUAUAUUUAAAGCUACUCAGCAUGAACAGAAAUAACAUCAGUAAAUUUAAGUUAUUUAUUGAGAUUAUGUUAUAAUUUUCAAAUCAUUGAGGUUUUUAACCUUUUUUAUUGUUUAAAUUUAAAUUGUAAACUGCCUUUUCAACUUCUGAAACAAAAAUUGUUUAAAUUAGCAGUUUUUGCAAAGAGAAUUCUCACUCUGCCGUCUGAUUGGCUUAAAUUAUUAUUACUACGGUUGUGGACAAACUGUCUCCUGUGCCUUAUUUCUAUCAAUUAUUCUGUUUUUAAUUAAUCUGCUGGAGAGUUCACGUCGAGUUCAUGUCGAGUGUUGGUGGCGGUUUGUGUUGACGACGACUUUUGAUUUAAGUUCAUUUCAGUUGAGAAUCAUUUUGUGUUUUCUGUCGUAUAUUGGGAGUGUUUUUUAAUCAGGAAUGUGUUUAUACUGUACAACAUGACAUAGUAAAGCUUUCAAUGUCCUGCGUGUGUGUAUUUAUACAUCUGUAUGAUUUGUGUGUAUGUGUGUAACAAGCUGAGCUGUGAUUGGUUGAUCUU